AUGCUCGCAAAUCUUAUUGUCGUCAUUAUACUUUCGACUGCAGUAGUCAGAGUCAUCAAAUGUCGUGAAGUAACAAUCAGUAAUGUAAUUCCUCGCCGAGAUACAGACGGAAAUAUAAUGGAUGCUCAUGAUGGUAGUGUCUUUCUGUAUGAUGGCCUUUAUUACUACUAUGGUGCAAGUUAUGGUCUAUGCAAAGAACCUCCGGGUCCAUCAGGUUGUACUGAAUGGCACCCAGGUGGAUGCGGCUUUCAACUCAAUCAUAAUGUUAGUCUCUAUACUUCGAUAGAUCUUUCUGCGUGGACAUUUCGUGGAUAUGCCUUUCAAAUGUCUUCAAUGAAGACUCAAGGAAUAAUGUUUUGCCCUCGUGUUUUACCAAAUCCUAAGACGAAGAAGUGGGUUAUGUGGUUUAAUUUUCUACCUGCUACAGGUACAGGUGUCUCUCAGUCGCAAUAUGCUGUGGCCAUAUCAGAUACACCACAAGGCCCCUUUCAACUGGUCACCGAAAAGGUUACUACUCUAGCAUGGGAAAAUACGGGUGAUUUGAAUCUUUUUCAAGAUAAUAACGGAGAUGCUUAUAUCAUUUAUACUGCGCAUAUUGAUGGUAGUAUUUACAAUCCCAACCAUUUAAUGUCUGUGGAGAAGUUGUCCGAUGAUUAUCUCAGUUCACUAGGUAAAGAGUUCAAUAGUGGAUAUUUUGGUGAGACUUUUGUCGAAGCCCCGGCAAUGUUCAAACGCAAUGGAAUCUAUUAUGCAGUAUUCGGUCAAUGUUGUUGCUACUGUGCAGAAGGAUCCUCUGUCACUGUCUAUAAUUCUUCGUCUCCUCUUGGACCUUUUGUAACAAUGAAUAAUCUAGGCAAUGAAGGUCAUGCUCAACAGUACAACAUUCUACAGUUUAAAACUACUGGAGAUGAAAGUUAUAGUUACUUGUGGCAAGGCAAUAGAUGGCAAAGUUCACCAGAUGGUGCCAAAGGACAUGAUUUUGUCUACUGGUCGCCUCUAUAUUUCGAUCAGAAUGGCAAUGCGAAGUAUAUGAACUAUACUGCUAACUUUACCAUUGAUGUAAUUGCCGAUAUUCAUUAA